CCACGUGGGUCUGUGCUCACACGUGUGCCUCUGCGUGCCCACGUGUGUCAUACCAGUGUUUACGGAUGCCUUGGAGCCUCUCCUGGAUCUGGGCACUGCUGCUCAUUGUUGAGUCUGAGGUGCCGAGCUGAGCCCCUCGUGCAGGGCCUCCCCGUGACUCGUGGCUUGAUCCCGGUGUCUCCAGGGCCGGGAACAGGAUGUGCGCAGAAUCCUGCAGGCUCUGAGCGAAUGUCUCAGGGCUCUCCCUGCGUGGCAGCUGCAGAGUGUUCGUGGCAUCGGCGUGUCAGGACAGAUGCACGGGGUCAUGUUUUGGAAAAGCCACCAAGCUUGCUCUUGGUCAAAGAGCGGUCCCCACGGCAUCUUUGAGCCGCAGCAGGUCAGCCGCCUCAUUACCUGGCAGGAUGGCCGCUGUACCAACAGCUUUCUGGCAUCCCUCCCGCGGCCCGAGUCCCACCUGAGUGUGGCGACAGGAUUUGGCUCCGCUACCAUCUACUGGCUUCUGCGCCACAGCCCCGAGUUCCUGAAGCCAUAUAGUGCGGCAGGCACCAUACAGGACUACGUGGUGGCCAUGCUGUGCGGCCUCCAGAGACCCGUCAUGUCUGACCACAAUGCAGCCAGCUGGGGGUACUUCAACACGGACAGCCGGAGCUGGAAUUUCCACAUUUUGGAAGAGUCUGGCUUUCCCACCCACCUGCUCCCGGACGUGGCUGAGGCUGGUGCCAUAGCAGGGCAGAGCACCCACCAGUGGUUCGGUAUCCCCCAGGGGACUAAAGUCGGCGUGGCCCUGGGGGACCUUCAGUGCUCCGUGUACUCCUGUAUGUCCCGGAGCACGGACGCAGUUCUCAACAUCAGCACCUCCGUGCAACUGGCAGCCUCCAUGCCUCCAGGGUUCAAGCCUGCAAAAUGCUCUGAUCCUUCAGCCCCAGUGGCUUACUUUCCCUACUUCAACCGGACCUACCUUGGAGUAGCUGCAUCCCUCAAUGGUGGCAACGUGCUGGCCACGUUUGUCACCAUGCUGGCUCAGUGGAUGGCGGAUCUAGGUCCUGCUGGGCUUUCAAGGGCACAGGUGGAGGCGGACGCCUUCACCGAGUUAGAGAAGAGGCAGCCUGGGUGUACAGGGGGCCUUGAAUGUCAGGCAGAGCGUUUGGAACAGCCCUCAGAGAUGAUCCAGACGGCCUUGGCCCAGACAGACACCCAGCUCACCAUUAAUCCGACUCUCUUGGGAGAGAGACACCUUCCCGAAGAGCUGGCGUCUGUGAGCAGCAUCUCUCCCUCCAAUCUCUCUCUUGGGCACGUGACCAGAGCUUUAUGCCGUGGCAUCGCUCAGAACAUCCAUGCCAUGCUGCCGUCUCAGCAGCUGAAAGAGUGGGGUAUAGAACGGGUGAUUGGCAGUGGCAGCGCCCUGUCCAGAAAUGAGGUGCUGAGGCAGGAAGUGGAGAAGGCCUUCCCCCUCCCCUUCUGCUAUGGCCAGGACGUGGAUGCUGCAGCUGGUGCUGCCCUGGUGCUGCUGCAGGAAAGCCCCAGGAGGACAGUUGAAGAGCCCCAGGGGGACAGCUGAAGAGCACCAGAGGCCUUGCUUUUUCUAAUCGUUCCUGAUGAAUAACGAUGGUAAAAUCAACCAUAAAGAUUUGGAUCCCCAAGUGUUUUUAAUCUUCAACUCAUUAAUAGGGAAGCUGCUAGAAAGGCUUCCUAAGACACUACUCAGACCCUGCCGGAAGUUGAUAUUCCUCCUGAACACCCAGUUCCCCAAGACACUGGUCAGCCCGAGGGUGACCAGAAUGCCGCAAGGCUGGAAGUGAUAGCGGAUGGAAAGAGCUGAAGCAAGUGGGGCCAUUUGGCCUGAAGUGGAGACUUGGAGUUGACCUGAUGGCAGCUUGCAGAUGCCAGGAGGGCUGCCGUGUGGAAAAGGAAUUGGCCUUGCUUCAGGCAGAGGAGCAAUGGGGUGGAGGGCUUGGCUUGAGUGGAAGGGCCUGGCUGCUCUCCAGGGUCCCCUGCAGCGAGUUGCAUGCUUUCAAUAUUGACUGCGUGAGAUUUUAAGUAUAAAUAGAAUCAUCGUAUUACUUGGCCGUCAUUGCAGAGCUUGGCACAUAAAUGCUUAUUGAUUGUUUUGUGAACCUCUUUUUAUAAAAUGGAUUUGAUUCCUGUGGAAUAAUUGUCAUAAUGUUUUGUAUUGAUUAAACGGCAGGGCUCUAGAAACUCAUGAA